AAGUGUCCUGCUGAUUAGAUUUCAGGCUCCCAGGAACAAUCAGAAUACGGAGAGGCCAGGCUAAGGAGUGAGGGUCCAGAGAAUGUGGACCGGAUAUAAGAUACUAAUUUUCUCUUAUCUGGCUACAGAAAUAUGGACAGAGGGGAGUUCUUUGUCUGGAAGAGACGUGGGCCUGGGAGCGGCUUCCAGCAGGAAUCACAGCAGCUCGGAAGGUACUCGCUUGAAAAGGGCUGUGUUCCCAGGCCGCUACUGUAGCACCCUGGGGUGUUGUGAAGACAGAGAUGACGCCUGUGUCACUCAGUUCUAUGAGGCAGACGCGGUGUGUUACUGUGAUAGCUUCUGUGAGAGGGACCAUUCUGACUGCUGUCCUGACUACCAGUCCUUUUGCCGUGAAGAGAAGGAAAGGCCCAAAGCUCUGCCUUGGUAUUCGGAAGGUUGCCUCAGAGAUGGGCAGCACUUCAAAGAAGGAUCGGUAAUUAAGGAGAACUGCAACCCCUGCACCUGCUCUCAACAACAGUGGAGAUGUUCCCAGCACGCAUGCCUCGUCCGCCCAGAGUUACUGGAACACAUCAAUAACGGAGACUUUGGGUGGACGGCCCAGAACUACAGCCAGUUCUGGGGAAUGACGCUGCAAGAGGGCUUUACACACCGCCUGGGCACCUUGCCUCCUGGCCCCACGCUGCUGAGCAUGAAUGAAGUCACAGCCUCCUUACCCACCCACACUGACCUCCCAGAGAUUUUCAUUUCUUCUUAUAAGUGGCCCGGAUGGACUCACGGCCCUUUGGAUCAGAAAAACUGUGCUGCAUCGUGGGCAUUUUCCACCGCAAGCGUGGCAGCUGACCGAAUUGCAAUUCACUCCAAAGGUCAGUACACCGCUAACCUGUCCCCCCAGAACCUGAUCUCCUGCUGUGCCAAGAGCCGCCUCGGGUGCCACGGUGGGAGCAUCGACAGAGCUUGGUGGUUCCUGAGAAAACGUGGGCUGGUGUCGCACGCGUGCUACCCGCUCCUGAGGGACCCGCGGCCCGACGCUCACGCGUGCGCCAUGGAGAGCCGGGCGGCCGCGCGGGGCCGGCGGCAGGCCACGAGGCCGUGUCCCAACAGCCUGGAGAAGUCCAACCGCAUCUUCCAGUGCUCGCCGGCCUACCGCGUCUCCUCCAACGAAACCGAGAUAAUGAGGGAAAUCAUGCAAAAUGGACCCGUGCAAGCCAUAAUGCAGGUCCACGAGGAUUUCUUCCACUACAAAACAGGCAUCUACAGACACGUGGCCGGCUCACGUGAAGAGUCCAAGUACAGGAAGCUGCGGUCACAUGCAGUGAAGCUCACCGGAUGGGGCACACUGAGAGGCGCACAAGGGAAGAAAGAAAAGUUCUGGAUCGCUGCCAAUUCCUGGGGAAAGUCUUGGGGAGAGAAUGGCUAUUUUAGGAUUCUCCGCGGCGUCAAUGAGUCUGAUAUUGAGAAGCUCAUCAUUGCCGCAUGGGGUCAACUGGCGCGUUCCGACCAGGAGCCGUAGCCGUCUGUGUCCGCCGUCUGUGUCCACCGUCCAGGGCUGCAGGCCAAGCACCUGGGCGGGUCUCACGGCGACUUCAGCCGCGCUGUGUCCCGGGGUGCGUUGACAGCGUCCAUCUUCUUGUUUUGCCCGGGUUCGACUCUUGGGCUUCCCUUCCACUUCUGAGUUUGUGAGAACACGAAUAAAAGGCAGCGGAGGGGCUGAUGCCUUUGAAGCUCGCGGGUCGUGGGUGAUUUUCUCA